UCCGUUCGACUCCCCCCGCGCGUUACAUAGAACCAUCCAUCAUUUACCCAUUUGCGCAUUCCACGACCCGCCGCGCCUUCAUAUCGCUCCUGCCUGCCUAGACCGGCACCACCAUGGCGGGCAACACAACCCCAUUCCCUCCACCCUCGUAUCUGCAGGCGUUCCGGCCCGCGUCUGCGAUGGCGAACAGAUUCGACGAGGGAUAUUCCGAAGACACGCGCAGCCAGAGCGGGAGCGAGAUGCUGAUGAGGGCCGACUCGCGGCUCGGCGAGAGCGGCAUGGAACAGGACCCCCAAUAUCCCCUGCCAGACUGGGUCCUGAACAUGAGCGAGAACGAGCGAAGUGAAUUCGCCUACGCAAUCCUCCGAUCGCUGCGCACCUCAUCCAUCGCCGGCAUAGUAGAGAAACUCAACCCCCUCCUCCACCUGGACCCCGUCAUCCACCUCCCUCCCGAGAUAACCUUUCAGAUUUUCUCAUACCUGACCCCAGAGACACUGCUGCGCGCAUCGACGCUAUCGCGAACAUGGCGAUCUCGGGUAAUGGACAGCCCCCUGUGGAAGCUCCUCUUCCAGAUGGAAGGCUGGAACUCCAACUUUCCUCAAGUGCGCGCUUACGAAGAGGGCGAGAGACAGAGACGCGUGGAGAUCAAAGAAAAGGAGCGGAAGACACGACCAAGGGCUGCUGAGGACAUGGACGUUGACAAACCAUCCAGUAAGAAGCGGCUUCGAGAGCGACCGCUAUUUGGCGACGGGACCUCCUCUGAUAACGGGAUACACGACAAGCUCGAGCCACUGUCUCUCGACAGUGCAAAAGAAGGGCACCCGCCCUGGGGCGAACAGCACAGUGUCGUUGAAGCAGAUGAAAUCCCCUCUACUAGACAGGAAGACAGAAUGGAGGGAAUCUCAUACAAUGGCGCGUCCCCGCUAGCGUCUCCAGCCGCAGAUGGUUUGCGGCGCCGAAAGAGGUCUUCAGAGGCUGGGGAAUCGACACCAACCACUGCCACUUCGUCAAGCUCCAUGGAUCCGCCCUUGCGCCCAUCGCUUCUUCUUCCCGCGCCCGAACCGAAGAUCAACUGGCAGUAUCUCUACAAGCAGAAACGGCGUUUGGAGGACAACUGGGAUGCUGGUCGCUUCUCGAACUUUCAGCUCCCACAUCCCAACUACCAGACAGAGGCACACACCGAGUGCGUAUACACCAUUCAGUAUUCUGGGAAAUAUCUGGUCAGUGGCAGUCGUGAUAAGUCCGUGCGUGUCUGGGACCUGGAUAUCCAGCGCCUGGUGCUUCCUCCUCUAGUCGGUCACAAAGCGUCUGUCCUGUGUUUGCAGUUCGACGAGCGACCGGACCAGGAUCUCAUUGUCUCUGGCGGAAGUGACUGCAACGUCAUACUAUGGCAGUUUUCGACCGGACGAAUGAUUAAGAAGCUUGAGAAAGCCCACUCCGAGUCAGUCCUCAAUCUCCGGUUUGACGAUACAUAUCUCGUUACGUGCUCAAAGGACAAGACCAUCAAAGUAUGGAACCGGAAGGAAAUGCUACCAACAGACGACACGUAUCCGUUGUCGACCGUGAAAUCCGGCGCUCGCUUCCCCUCAUACAUUAUCAACAUGCAGCAGCAAGCCGAAAACCAGCAUCUUUACUUCAAACCGCUCCAGCCAUAUAACCUGAUCAUGACUUUGGAAGGCCAUGGAGCUGCGGUCAACGCUAUUCAGAUCCUGGAUGGACAGAUUGUCUCCGCAUCCGGGGACCGGAGCGUCAAAGUCUGGGACGUCCGUACGGGAGCCUGCUCAAGGACCUUCUCGGGUCAUACCAAGGGUAUCGCAUGUGUGCAAUUUGACGGUCGGAGAAUUGUCAGUGGUAGCUCUGAUGAAACAGUGCGCAUAUUUGACCGAGCGACCGGCGCAGAAGUCGCAUGCCUGCAGGGGCACUCGAAUCUCGUCCGCACUGUACAGGCGCAAUUUGGAGAUCUUCCUGGCAAUGAAGAAGAACUUGAAGCUGAAGCCCGCGCAGUCGACCACAGCUUCUUUGAAGCGCAAAGAAGAGGACUCAUUUCGGAGGAACUGACUAGAGCGCAACGUCGCCAACGCAACGCAGGAUCCCGAGAUCCAAAGGCAUUAUUUGCGUACGGAGCCAAGCUCCCACCCGGCGGCGGAGGCAGCAAAUGGGCUCGAAUUGUUUCCGGCUCUUACGAUGAGACGGUCAUCAUUUGGAAGAGAGGCCCUGAUGGAGCCUGGGAAAAGUCAAAGGUCCUGUACCAGAAUGAGGCCGUACGAGCAGCUGGAGGUCGGCCGAGGCGCCCGGUUGCUCAUGCUCACGCUCACGCAAACCAUGUGAACCAAAAUCAAAACCAGAACCAGAACCAGCAGCAGCAGCAGCAGCAGGGAGGGCAUCCGCCGGCACAGCAACCGAACUUCCAAGCACUCGCGCAGCAGGCGCAGGCACAAGCCCAGGCGGUUCAAACCCUCGCGCAACAAGCCCAAGCUCUACACGCAGCUGCGCAAGUCAUGGGCAGCACUAUGAACAGCUUGCCAAGUGCAACUCCCCCAGCACCCCACAAUGCAGUUUCCGCUCCCACCGGCGCCAAUCAAGCGGCCGCAAAUACUGGGCAGACAGCAGGGCCUGCACAGCAACCUCAACAGGCGGCAGCGCCGAACGCAGCGCCCCAUCAUCAUCAUCAUGGUCCCCAUCACCAUCAUCAUAACUUUACCGGGCCGCUUAACAACCAGGGCACCUCUCGCGUGUUCAAGCUGCAAUUUGAUGCGCGUAGAAUCGUCUGCUGCAGCCAAGACCCGACAAUAGUCGGCUGGGACUUUGCCAACAACGACAAGGAUAUCGUCCUCGCCAGUCAGUUCUUCGGUGACUCUGUCUGAAAACGCGUUGUGGCGACGUUCAAAUCACCGUCAACGUCUUGCUGCCUUAGUAUACGAGGCGACGUGCGAAGCUGACGCAAUGCGGAUCUGGGACGUCGUGUCCCGGCCCGCUGACUUGGCAUGCGGCUG